CACCGAGCUAAUUUCAUCUGGAAAUCCAAGGGCCAUCUCAACGUAACGCAGCUACACACACACACUACACACACCAUCAUCUGACGACGACAUACCCUCCAUGAUGCAGAGAGAUGCUGUGCGGACGAGUCUUCAUCAGAGCAAGGUAUUCGACGAGCAAUGCGAUGUGACUGGUCAGCUUCGUUGUGCCGCGUUGGUGUUGAGCGUGACUGCGUUCUUUCUGUUCCUGUACAUCGACAUACGUCCCCAAGAGUCCAUCACGGUGCUGGCACUGGGAACGCUCAUGCUGGCAUGGACAGGACCUCUCACUGUACUGGCAGGGACGUACAUGAAGAACAACCGAUUCAAAGUGUGGCAGCCCUUUGAGGGCGGGUUUCACUUCGUGUCGAUGCAAGCCGUGGGGUGGUGCUUGACGGGGUUGCUCCUAGCCGUGUGUCUGGUCUACCUCGUCAACUUCCACACCCUCACGAGGUUCGAAGGCCAGUUCCUCUUCAUCGGGAUCGUCGGCUUCAUCGCGCAAAUGGUGCUCAACGUGAGCCUCGACACGUUUGUCGCCGAUACCCCCGUGCCCCAUGUCCAUCCCACCAGCACGACCAAGUCCGUCGUCGCCAUCCUUCUCAGUGUCUCGGGCUGCCUUUUCUUCGUCGCGUUCGACUGGAUCCUGCCGUCCUCGGUCUUGCUCGUUCUGGGAGCAGUCAUCUUUAGCGUCUCGUCCGUCGUGUUGCACGUCGGCAUCGGGUGGUGCGACCUGCCCACGUUUGCGCUGUGGCAGCCGUUUGUCGGCGGCAACGUGUUUAUGCUCCUGCAAUACCUCGGGUGGAAGUUCUUUGCGUGUACCCUUGUGAGCACCGCGCUGCUGUCGAGCUCCACAUCCGAGUCAUAUGCAGGCACGGCGUCGUGCAUGGGGGUCCUUGGGCUCAUCUCGCAGCUGCUUCUCCUCACCUCGUUGUCGUUCUUUCAGCCAAUUGCUUCCCAAGUCGAGCCACGUCACACCCACCGCCUCCCGGCCGAAUGCGCCGUCUGCGGCAUCGUCCUCGUGAUGACCGGCCUCAUCACGCUCGCCCUUUGCCACGACCUGCUGCCGCCCGUGCUGUGUCCUUCCAAGAUACGACUACUGGGGCUGCUCUGCUUGCUUGUCCUUGGCGCAGUGACCCCCCUCACCCACGUCGGCGGCGCCAGGGCGAUCCCCCGCUAUCAGUUAUGGCAGCCCUUCCGCGGGGACUCCAAGUUUGUGUUCAUCCAGUCGGUGGGAUGGACCUGGUACGGCAUCUUUGUCGGCGUCGCACUCCUCAUGCACCUCAAUAACACUCAGUUUCUCGUGCAGUUGCUGCCGCUAGCAUGGCUCUUGGGCGCCGCUUCCUGUGCUACAAUUGUGCUGUCGCUGUUGUUUUUCCGCAUGGAUGAGGAUUCUAAACACAGCGCCACCAUGGCCACACGUGGCGUCCCGCAGCUUCUACCGGCCCUCUUCACAAUGCACCUGCCGCCCCCCGAACGCCUACUCGGCCACGUCCUCUCGACGUCGACGGUCGUCCUCCACGUCGUCGUGGAAGGAUGCCAAGUCGGCGGCACCGCCGCGGCGCUGUGUGUAGCGCUGGGGCUGCUGCUGUCUAUGCUCGCGAUGGCCUCGACGCACGCGUCCGGACGCUUCCAGUCGCCGUCGUAUCGCAUGUGGCAGCCCUUCCUUGGCGGCGAUGCGUUCGUCCUCCGCCAAGCCAUGGCGUGGACCUUCUUUGCCUUGUUUACCCUCUUUGACUGCCUUUGCAUCGUCGCAUGUAUCCGCCACGACGACGUUGUCCGGGGGCUGGUUCUCGCCGUGGGCGUGGCGGCGGUGGUGCCGCAUCGGGUCUUGGCGUCGUCCGUCCCCCUCUUUCAACCCCCCUCGUCGUCGUCCCCUCUUCCGUCCGCGACUCCCCUCAUGGACCUUCGAAGCAGCCGCCUACCCAUCCUCGCCAACCUCGUCCUCGUUGUCGGGUCCCUUGUCCUGUUUGCCAUGGCCGAGUGGUGUCGGCUGCACUGGCGGUCGUUCAGCCAUCUGUUUUUCAUGUUUGGCACCGUGGCCGCCGCCGCCGGCCUCGCGUGCACGCAUUGCGUGUGCGGACCGUACAUGCAUUCCAACUACCGCCUCGUCCAGCCGUUUCGCGGCGGACUUCGCUUUGUCGUGCUGCAAAGCGCGGCGUGGGCACUGGGCGCGUUGGCGUGGGUGGCAUCCUGCACGACGUUAUACGGCGGCCUGGCGCACUUUGUAUUGAUCGACGGACUCUUGGUCGCGAUUGGCACCAUGUUUACCGUGGCGCAUGGUCUGCUACUUGUGGCUCUGCUGUGCUUUGACAACGCCGAGGCCCCCGACCACCCCCGGCACUCCAAGCCGAACCUCGUGCUCGGCCUAAUCCUGGGCGUCGUGGCGUGCUGCGCGUUCGCCCUCGUGGACAUGGUUCUCCUCCGUUCGUCUUCCCCGGCGUCCAUCCCGGCCUUCCCCACGACUGCCUGUGCGAUUCUGGCGCUCGUGGCAUCCAUCCGCCCCGUCUACUGCCUCCAAGGGCGGGUCGUGUACCGUGUCGUGGGGUGCACGCUCUGGUCGGCCACGAUCGUCCUCGGCAGCAUCUUCACAUACUCUUUGUAUGACGACGAUACAGCCCCCGUAUUCCCAAAUUCUACUUCGUCGCAUCCGUUGUAUGGCGUCUUGACGGGCAGCCUCGGGUUGGUCACGCACGUGGUGCUCUUGCACUCGACGGCAGACAAGGCGACCGUACUCCCCCGUGUCCAUCUGGGGGGGUAUGUGUACCCGGUGGUUGGGAUCGUUGGUGUCGUGGCGAGUAUAAUCGUCACCCCCGACGGGCUCGUGCACGCGAUGGCGUCGGCCGUGCGGAAUCCGAUGCCGCCACUCGUGUGCGUCGUGUGCGUCGUGUGCUUUAGUGUGGUCGUGGGGGGCAUCGCGCGCCUGCUCCAGCCGACGGCGGUCGUACCCCCCCAACCGCUGGCGUUUCCCGUCGACAUCGUCCGCCACAUCGCGACGUUCGUGGCGCCGUCCGACUUGGCGGCGUUGGCCGCGUGCUCCAAGCACCACCAAGCCCUCGUCGCCCCGUCGAUCUGGCACGCCAAGUUCGCCUCGUUCGUGCAAUCGCCUGCCGCCAAAAUGCCGCGCACGAUACCCGUGGUGGGGGUGUCCUCGCUGUUUGCCGACUCGCCGCUCGCCGCCGUCGAGCGGUUCGUGCUGGCGACGGUGUUUCCCAGCUCCCACAGACACAAGCGCGCCCCGUGUCGGCCAUUUCCGCCACCGACAAACGGCCUGCAAUGGAAGCACAUUGCGGCGGUGGUGGGUCGAGGUGGAGCGCUGUACCAGUGCGAGCUGUGCCUCUCGUUUGACCUCAUGACGCCGUCGCAACGUGCGUGGGAAGACGAGCAUGCGUGUGCCGCGCACGGCGUGUCGACGUGGCUGGCGUCGCCCUGCCAGUGUCGGCAUGCCAUCACCCUCACCCGCAAGAUGGCCCAUCGGGCGUGCGUCGAGCGCUGCCGCACGUCAUAUAUCUGCCGAUCGUCCCAUCAUCAUGCUUCGCCCCCCCCCGCCUCUUUCCGUCGCCCCCUGCUGCCCGCCCUGCGCGCCCCCAUGACCUUGUCCGAGUUUGUCACAGCUGUGAUGGCUCCUCGCCGAUUGGUCGCGGCGACGGCCCCGUCGGCUGUCGUGGUCGCGGCAUCGGCCCUCGUGAGUGGCUCUCCCUUCUCCGGUCUGGUUGUCUGGACUGGAGGCAUGACGAUCUUGGGCGCCAUCGUCCGAUCGGCGGAAUUCGACCGCGCCGUGCAGCAGAUUUGGAACGACCCGCCGGCAUUUCCGCUCUACAUGCGCAUCAUCAACACGCUGGCACUGUCCAGCUUUGUCCAGUUGAUGUCGUCGCUCUGGUCCGACCCAUCUGGCCUCCUCCAAGUGGCGUUCGCCGUCAAUUCGAUCGCGUUCAUCUUGUUUACCAGUGUCGCAGGCGUCGUGUUUUGCAAGGCCAACGCAUUGGUGCUCACGUACUCUGCUCCACAGCUCCCCAUGACGCUAACAAGUCGACCCCAACGCUCCUGUGUGCUCUGUCGGUUGCAUCUGUGUCGUACCCUCCCGGCACAACAUGCAGCCACGUAGCGACGCCGUUGUGGUGUUGGUCGUGUAUUACUACGUAGUACUCGUAGCUCAUGACAACAACUAUAUAUAUAAUAAUCAGACCACCUAUAUAAUAUCAGACCACCUGCCUUGAU